AUGCUGUCGGCCCAAGGACGUCGAUUCUCUCGUUGUGCUCCGUCUCCACGACCAAGAAAUCGAAAUUUAACGAACAUGCCUCCACCGGCAGCAGUACAUAUCCGGACGAAUGAUAUGAUAAGUCCAGAAGAGAGAAGAUUCCUGGAAGCAGCAGAACUCGGAAACAAGCCCACUCUUCAAGAGUUUCUGGAUUAUCAUGAUGGUGAACGUCGUCUAAAUGUGAAUUGUCUGGAUUCAAUGGGUCGAACUGCCUUGGAAAUCGCAGUUGAUAAUGAGAAUAUGGAAGUCGUGGAAUUGCUUCUUCAACAACCAGAUAUCCGAAUAGGAAAUGCAUUAUUGUGUGCGAUCCGAGAAGGUAAAACUAGAAAUCUUUACCCUCCAAAGAAAAUUCUCAUUUCAGGAGUGUAUCGACUGGUCGAAGUUCUUGUGAACCAUCCGAACAUCACAAAGGAAAUGCUUGGAGAGGGUUGGACGCAAGCUCUAGAUCCUUCAGAGGCAGCAAGUGCCGAGUAUUCCAGUGAUAUUUCUCCGGUUAUUCUGGCUGCUCAACUCAACCAAUUCGAAAUUUUGCAAAUGUUGAUAAGGAAAGAUGCCAAAAUUGAUCCUCCGCAUAACCAUACCUGUAUCUGUGAGACCUGUGAUCGUGAGCGUCUGAAUGAUUCUCUACAGUACUCUCUUAAACGGAUAAAUACAUAUCGAGCACUUGCAAGUCCUGCCUAUAUGUCUCUUACCAGUUCGGAUCCUAUAAACGAAGCAUUUAAACUUUCUUGGGCUCUCCAAAGAUUGGCAUUCGAGGAGCAUGAAUUCAAAGAGACAUACCUUCAGCUCUCGGAGCAAUGUAAACAAUAUUCCUGUGAUCUGCUGAGCCAGUGUCGGAGUUCUGAAGAAGUGAUUGCAAUUUUAAAUAAGGAGAAUGAUAACAAUGAUAAUAUCGAUUUAUGGGCAAGCAAACUAUCUCUUGCCAGACUGAAACUGGCAAUCAAAUAUGAACAGAAAGCUUUUGUUUCACACCCCCAUUGCCAACAAUUGCUCACAUCAAUUUGGUACGAAGGGAUUCCAUAUCGUCAACAGAGUGGAACAUGGGCCAGCUUCUUUCUCUACGCAUUCUUAUUAGCCUUCUGGCCCGUUUUCUGUCUUCUGUAUAUUUUAAUGCCAAGAAGUCGUUUAGGAAAACUAGUCCGAUCGCCCUUCAUGAAAUUUUUCUAUUAUUCAAUUUCUUUUGCAACAUUUCUGGGAUUAUUAACAUGGGCAACGUUUGAAGAUUAUCGAUAUGAGAAAGGAGAAAGAGGUGGUGUAACGCGAGCAUCAGACAGAGGACCACCUGCAACAUGGGUGGAAUCUCUAGUUUUCACAUGGGUCAUUGGAAUGUUAUGGUCAGAAAUCAAGCAAUUAUGGGAAGAAGGAUUCAAGAGAUACAUGAGACAAUGGUGGAAUUGGCUUGAUUUCCUCAUGAUCUGUCUCUAUUUGUGCACAAUUUCCAUUAGAUUAAGCGCGUACUACAUUUUCACAUAUCGCGAAGAUCCAUAUCGAUAUACGGUUCGAACUCAUUGGCAAUCGGAAGAACCGAUGCUGGUGGCUGAAGCCUUGUUUGCUGUUGGAAACGUCUUCUCAUUUGCUAGAAUCAUUUAUCUCUUUCAGACGAAUCCUUACUUGGGACCACUUCAGAUCUCCCUCGGAUGUAUGCUUGUGGAUGUUGCGAAAUUCUGUUUCAUUUUUGUCCUUAUCAUCAGCUCCUUCUCAAUUGGACUGGCUCAACUUUACUGGUACUAUGAUCCGAAUACGGAUGUCUGCGUACCCGGUUCCACGUGUAGAUCAAGUACAAAUGUGUUUUCUUCGAUUGCUGAUUCUUAUUUGACACUUCUUUGGUCCUUGUUCUCUAUCACCAAACCAGAAGACACUGAUGUCAUUGAAAAUCAUAAAAUCACGCAGUGGGUUGGUCAAGGAAUGUUCAUUAUGUACCACUGCACUUCAAUCAUUGUACUUCUGAAUAUGUUAAUUGCCAUGAUGUCUCAUUCUUUCCAAAUUAUCAAUGAUCAUGCCGAUCUGGAGUGGAAAUUCCAUCGAACUAAACUCUGGAUGGCUCAUUUCGAUGAAGGGUCCAGUCUUCCACCUCCAUUCAACAUCAUUAUCACACCGAAAUCUCUUAUCAAUUUCGUGAAUUGCCUUCUGAAUACAGUAAGAUGGCUGUUAGGGAAAUACACGUAUCAGAAGAAUCGGAAUCGAGCAACGAUUCGGAGUAAGAAAGCAUUUCAGCGCCCUGGCUACUCUCGAAAAAGGAAUGAAAUGGAAAAAUCUGGAGGUCAAGAUGAUGAUUCUGGAAAGGCACCGUUGACAUAUGCAAGUAUAAUUCAACGACUUGUGGCAAGAUUCAUACAUCAAACAAAGAAAGAAAUGAAAAUGGAUGGAGUUAAUGAAGAUGAUCUUCAUGAAAUCAAACAGGACAUUAGUAGUUUAAGAUAUGAACUCCGAGACGAUCGUCGAAGAGAAAUCGUGCGCAGUUCGUCUCAUAUUGACGCUGUUAAACGGGACAUAAUGCGCACAAUGAGCACGAAUUCGAGAGCAAGAGUAUACGGUGGAAGUAUGAGAUUACCAAAGACUCGACCAUCAGUGGCAGAAGAAUCAGAAGAAGAAGAUAAAUCAGAUGAGACAAGUUCCAGCGAUGAAGAGGCUGAUGAGACGAGGUCGCGUAAAUCAUCAGUUCUGUAUACUCCUCCUGUGAAUUCAACGCUUCCGGGAAUCAUUAGCGAAGAGGCUCCAGUAAGAAAACAUCCGAAGAGAAGAGCCAGUGAAGCCGAUUCAAAACUACCUGAUAGACCUUUAUCUGAGACUUUCACAUCUUCAUUCGCGGUGAGAAAUUUUAGUCCGAAUUGUUUAAAGUAUGAAUUUCAGCCAAAACUGCUGCCAGUUUUCGCUCAACCACCUCAUAGUGCACUUCGAAAAACAGAUACAUCAAUGAGUUUUCCCAUAAAUGGAACUUCUUUAGAAGCAUCGAUUGUCAAACCACCCAGAGGAGUUUUAAGAGCAUCACAAGAAAAUCUGAAUACAGUGGAGUUGAUGGAAAUGUUGAGGAAAGAAAUGAACGAGAAGUUUGACCGACUGAUCAGUGGAAUGGUGGAAGUAAAGAGUCCUGCUUCCCAAAGUCAUGUGGAGUUUAGUGUCGACAAAUGA